AUGGAGGUGUCUGACUCGGAAGGGGAGAUUUUUGAACCCCUGAAAGAAGCUCUUGACAGGGCAAAGGCACAGGCACUCAGCUCGUCUUUCAAGAGGGAAGCAUUGGAAGCAGAGGCUCAAGGUGUAGCUGAGCUUGCCGUAGAAGCUCGCGAUGCGUUCAAGAGGAUCGACAAAAAGCUUGAAGAGGCAGCAGCAGAGCUGGAAGGGUUUGCAAAAGAGAAACAGGAUCUUGAGGAGAGGCAAGAGCAACUGUCUGCAAGGAAACUGGAGAUCAAGCAGGCAAAGAAAAUUGAGGAAGAAGAGGCACAAGCCGAUGGGGAAGAUGCUGUGUCUCGCUUGGAAGGUGGUUUAAUUCUGUCAUCUGCAGAAUGGAUUUCUGAGUAUGAUGAGGGUGCAGAAAUGGAGGAUUUUGCAGAAAACGUUCAGGCAUCAGCCGAUUUGAACGAAGAAUUGAAGGAAAUUGCCUUGGAGUUUGAGGGCGCAGUCAAAAGAGUAUCAGAACUUGCACUGCUGAUGGAGGAACAGGAAAGCAAGAUCCAAGACAUCCAGGAUAAGGUGUAUGUUGCUGGGUUAGAGGCCAACGUAUUUGAGGAAAGGGCAUCUGCAGUCAUGACGGCCUGUCAAACAGCUGUCACAAAUGAAUUGGAAGCCAAGGCAGUGCUAAAGGAAACAGAGGCUGCUCUGGACAAAGCAAUGAAAGAGUCUGAGGCACUUGAGUCAUCACAAGAACUUGAUGAAGAUGAAGAAAAGGAAGAAGGGCAGGUCAGCGAUGUGUCUGAUGCAGAUGAACCACCUGAAAAGACAAAGACACGUAUGGAAGCUGAGGGGAGUUCACGUGUGUUGAUGCCUGGGGUCGAGGUGCCCUCUGCGCCUCCUGCUGAAAAGAAAGAGAAACGAAAGGAGGUAUACACCGAGGAGAAACAGCACCCAGCUGUGCUGUUCUUGAAAAAGCAUGGAGUCGCAGUGGGGACUGUGUUGCUCUUUGCUGCAGCUUCUGUUGUAUUCCUUCAGUCAUCCACUGGCAAGACUCUGCUGGCCUCAGCGGGUGGCUUUUUCAGCAAGUUGUCAUAUCACCUGGGUCAACUCUGGCACUACAUCAUUCCAUCUUCACAUGCGGGCGAGGAAGGUUUCCUCCAGACCAUUUGGCUGCUUCUUAUGAGUGUCGUGAUGGUCCCACUAGUCUUAAAGGGCAUCCCAGGCGGGACCCCCAUCUUGGGGUUUCUGAUAGCUGGUGCUCUGGUAGGGCCGCAUGCCCUGGGAAUAGUCAAGAACAUGGAGGGGGUCCACAUGCUGGGGGAGCUGGGCGUUGUGUUUCUGCUCUUCAACAUCGGCUUGGAGCUGAGCUUGGAGAGGCUGAGGUCCAUGGCCAAAUUGGUCUUUGGCCUUGGAACUGCCCAAGUGCUGGUCACUAUUUUGGCAGUGGCAAUGAUCGCCGUUUCUCAGACUGGUGUGUCAGGAUCAGCGGCAAUUGUUGUUGGCUGUGCUCUGGCUUUGUCAUCCACAGCUGUGGCCAUGCAGGUACUGCAAGAUCGUGGUGAGAAUGGAUCAAGACAUGGGAGGGCCACAUUCUCUGUUCUGCUGCUUCAGGAUUUGGCAGUUGUUGUUGUCCUCAUCAUGAUUCCCUUGCUGGCUCCAAAGAAUGGUGCAAUGGCUGGGGGCAUCCAUCAUAUCCUCAAGAUCCUUGGCACCGCAGCUGUGAAAGCUGCAGUGUGCAUAACAGGCAUCAUUGUUGGUGGCCGUGUGCUUCUGAGGCCCAUCUACAGGUCAAUCGCAGGUUUUGAGAACAAGGAGAUCUUUGCUGCCCUCACCCUGCUUGUUGUGCUGGGAGCAAGCAAGCUCACUGAGGUGUCGGGCCUGUCGCUGGCCCUGGGGGCUUUUCUUGCAGGCCUCUUGCUGGCAGAGACAGAGUACGUGCUGCAGGUUGAAUCUGACAUUGCCCCUUAUGAGGGGUUGCUGAUGGGGCUGUUCUUCAUGACUGUUGGCAUGGAGAUCUCUGUCGGGCCACUUUUCGCACAGUGGAAGUCAGUUCUCACAUCCUUGACCAUCCUUCUUGCUGGAAAAGUUGCAAUCAUGGCUGCCGUGGGGCCCUGUUUUGGGCUGUCGCGGGUGACAGCCAUUCGCUCUGGGCUGCUGCUUGCCGCUGGUGGCGAGUUUGCCUUCGUGACUUUGGGUGAAGCAGAAGUCCAGGGCAUCUUGCCAUCGCCAAUCGUCAACCAAAUUUAUCUCGUGGUGGCACUUAGCAUGGCUCUUCUUCCAUACCUUGCAAUUUUGGGUGGGAAACUUGGCCAGUUGUUUGAGAAGAGUGAUAUGAGGGCUAUGCAACCUCGUGGCGAGGAGACUGGCAGCCAGAAGGGCCACGUCAUCAUUGCUGGUUUUGGCAGAGUGGGGUCUCUCAUAGCAGGUCUGCUGAGCGAAAGGCUGAUCCCGUAUGUUGCGCUUGAUGUUCACAGUGACAGGGUUCAG